AGAGUCAUCACCAUGAAGCACUGUGCGCUGUUGUCGCUGUUGUUGGCGUUGGGGUGCAUGCACGUCCACGGUGCACCGGUGGAGCAAGGCGCCAUGGAGCAGGGGUCAUGUGAAGACGCACAGGCGAAGUUUGUAGCCGGGCUGGCCCUCACCAAAAUCAACCAGGACCGGCAGGAGGGCUACAUCUUCAGCCUGCACCGCCUGUCCAACGUCCACAUGAAGACACACGCAGAGACUGGUGUGGUUUUCUACCUGACCAUGGAUGUUGUAGAGACCAACUGCAGCGUUCUCAGCAGGAAGGACUGGAAGACUUGCGAGGCUCGUCCCACACACGACACACCAGUUUAUGGUCAGUGCAAAGUUGCUAUUUACACCAAUAGGCCACACAGAGUGGUGCGUCUCUACAAAUACGACUGUGCUAUCAGACCAGUUCCUUCAGGUCGUGUCACCGAGAUCUGUCCCGACUGUCCGACCCCUGUGGCCAUGGACAGCGCUGAGAUUCAGAAGGCUGUCACUCUCUCCAUGGAGAAGUUCAAUAAGGAGAGCGGGCUGGACAAGCGCUUCGCUCUGCUGAAAAUCAGGCGCGCUACCGCCGGGAUGGCCAUGGCCAUGUACUACAAUGUAGAGUACGCCAUCCAGGAGACCACCUGCUCCAAGAGCGCAGCCGCUGAUAACUGCCCCCUCAUGACCUGCGAGUUCACUCACAAGGGCUUCUGCAAGGCUUCCCUCUUCUACUCUCCCACUGGUGAUGCUGACACCUCAGUGGAGUGUGAGAUCUAUGAGCCUGAGUCUGCUGAAAGAGAGAAGAAACUGCACACGAUGGCCGCGGAGACUGACCACACUCACAGCGACACAGCGACACACAACCACGACCAUGACCACGCACAUGCCGCCGACCACACACACACCCAUGACCACGCGCACGACCACACCAAGAGCCACGCUACCCACACGCACGACGCCAACAGUGACCACGACCACACACACGACCACGCUAAAGCACACGCACACUCCCACGACCACGGACACGGCCACGACCAUGUGCACGCUCAUCAUGCCAAGGCGCACGACCACGCCAGUGAUGUCCCCAACCAGCACCACGACUACAAGCACGCUGAUGGCGCUCACACCCAUGAGCACGACCACGAGAUCGCUCUAGACCACGACCACAAGCAUGCCCACCUGCACGAGCACGAACACCACCACCAUCACCACGAUCACGACCAUGACCACGCUAGCCACGACCACCCAGAGGGUAUGGUUAGAGUGUUGGCCUCCAUUGACCGGCCCAUGACCCUGCCUUCUUUCCCCGACGUCCCUGCCGCUGGUCCUGAGGUGGGAGUCACUCUGCCCCUCAAGCCUGACCCCCAAAUCCCAGAAGUGAUGGAGCCCUUCAUUGAGGCCUUCCCCACCGCAGCCUCCGCCCAGUGCGUGCCCCCUGCAGUAGGCGAAACUCUGGUGGAGAAAGUCUUCGCUGAAGACCCCAUGUUCAAACCAGUUGCAUAAAGUGAUGUUGGGACUCAUGAAAGAACUGAGCAGGAAAAAAAAAACACUCACAGACUGAAAAGUAGUCAAAGGGAAAACAUCUUUCACAUCUUGACUUCUUCUCUGAGUCAUAUUUUGCCAAGAUGAUGGUUUACUAUAAACACAUAACAUGCAUCCCCCCCCCCCCGGGUCCACUUUACUUUAAACAUCCUAUAUAGUCUUUAAAACUACCUUAACAUCAACUUCAUUCAUUUUUUACCAUUGGUAGUAAAUUAGUCUGCAACCAGUUGUGUUCUUUGAGCAACUAAUCACAAUAUGGUUGCAUCCUUAACAUUUCUUCAUAUUCUCACACUGUACAAUCAAGCUGGCAAACACAGUUUUCCAUGUUUGUAUUUCAUCGAUGCUUGGCUUCAUAAAUUAAUAAACGGCACCACAAAUACUCA